AUGUCUUCAGGAAGACCUAUCAAGUGUGUAGUCGUUGGUGAUGGAACUGUUGGAAAAACUUGUAUGUUAAUAUCGUACACAACCGACAGUUUUCCAGGCGAAUACGUGCCUACAGUAUUUGAUAACUAUUCAGCUCCCAUGGUAGUGGAUGGUGUAGCUGUAUCAUUAGGACUUUGGGAUACAGCGGGACAAGAGGACUAUGAUAGACUUAGGCCAUUAAGCUAUCCACAAACAGAUGUCUUCCUUAUUUGUUUCAGUGUAACAAGUCCAUCAUCUUAUGAAAAUGUUACAUCUAAAUGGUAUCCAGAAAUCAAGCAUCAUUGUCCUGACGCACCAAUUAUUUUAGUGGGAACAAAGAUUGACUUAAGAGAUGACAGAGAGACAUUAAGCCUGCUUUCUGAGCAGGGGAUGUCUCCGUUAAAAAGAGAGCAGGGACAGAAGUUGGCUAACAAAAUUAGAGCUGUUAAAUACAUGGAAUGUUCAGCCUUGACACAACGUGGUUUAAAGCAGGUAUUUGACGAAGCGGUUCGUGCAGUUUUAAGACCGGAACCUCAGAAAAGACAUCAGAGGAAAUGUUUAAUCAUGUAA